AUGUUGUUCAAAAACACACUUUUAGCUUUGUGUAUCGCUGCAACAGCAUCAGCUGCCCCCAUCAACAAGCGAGCACCAUCUGGUUUCAAUUGGGGCAAUGAGAAGGUCCGAGGGCUCAACAUUGGAGGUUGGCUCUUAUUGGAGCCAUGGAUCACACCAUCUAUCUUCGAAAAUGUUGACCCGGAUGGAUCAAGAGGCAUCGUUGACGAGUACACUUUGACGCGCUCUUUGGGCGCACAACAAGCAUAUGAUCGCUACCUCAGACGCCAUUGGGAGACAUGGUGCACAUGGCAGGAUUUCAAGAAGAUCAAGGAUUCUGGCUUCAACCUGGUUCGGAUACCAAUUGGCUAUUGGGCAUACGAUAACUCCGAUUCCCCUUAUGCAUCCGGAGCGGCGGUCUUCAUAGAUGCGGCAAUCGAUUGGGCUCGAUCACUUGGUCUCAAGGUGAUGAUCGACUUGCACGGUGCUCCGGGCUCUCAAAAUGGAUUCGACAACUCCGGUCAAAAGACGGCCACCCCAACUUGGACGCAAGGCAACACCGUAGCAAAGACGCUUAGAGUACUAAAGACGAUUCAGUCGAAAUACGGCGAUAGCAAAUACGAUGAUGUGCUUGCUGGCAUUCAACUGCUCAACGAGCCUCUCACUCCAGCGCUGGAUAUCAAUGUCGUAAGACAAUUCACCUACGACGGAUUCUACCAGCAAAGAGACUACAGCCCAUCACGCGUGGUUGUCUUCCACGAUGGAUUCCAGCCAACAAACUACUGGAAUGGCAUGCUCACGCCGAACGACAACAAUGCUCAGAAUGUAGUGAUCGAUCACCACGAGUACCAAGUCUUCAGCCCAGAACUGAAUGCUUUGAGCCCGGCGCAACACAGAAACUACGUCUGCAGCAAUGCACCAGCGUGGAAUGGGGCGGACAAGUGGACGAUCAUCGGCGAAUGGAGCGGCGCCAUGACCGACUGCGCCAAAUACCUCAACGGCUACCGAAUCGGCGCCCGAUACGAUGGUUCAUUCCCAGGCUCAUACUAUAUCGGAUCCUGCAACAAUCAAAACAUGAAUGCGUGGUCCCAACAGCAACGGGACGACACCAGAUCUUUCAUCCAAGCUCAAAUCGCAGCUUACGAGAAGUACACCCAAGGCUGGAUUUUCUGGAACUUCAAGGCUGAAAAUGCACCUGAAUGGAAUGCGUUCGCUUUGUUGGAUGCAGGAUUGUUUCCUCGGCCUGGAACUGAAUUGUCGAGUUCAUGUCCUUAG